CUGGUGGGAGGCGCCUGAAGUGGGGAUGCUCUCGGAGUCGGAGUGUCUCCACUCUAGUCUGUGCCCAGUGUUCGUCACGGCUUGUGUGUCUUCUAAGCGUUGUUAUCGUCUUGUUGUCUUCUUGCGAAACGUCGGAGCGCGUUAGUGACAUGAGGAAACGUCAUCCUGUACGCUUCAACGUCGCAGCCAAUCAGGAAAAAUCAGGAGCGUGAUCGAGCAUGGCGCUGCUGGUGAUGGUAGUGCUGUGGGCGGCGGCGGAACUAGCGAGGAGCAGCCCGGCGGAGGAGGGGCUCCUCAAGGUGCUGGGCCUGGAGCGGCGGCCCCGCCCCCCCGCCCCGGGGCUGCAGGUGCCGCGGGAGCUCCUCGACAUCUACCGCCGCCAGCGAGGCCCCGGCGCCCUCGACACCCUGGACCUCCCCCUCCCGGGCCGCCACACCAGGUCGGCCAACACGGUCAGGAGCUUCGCGCACACAGGUAAAGAAGAUGAUCGAGCGAGGCGGAAAUUCCGGCUAAACUUUAAUGUCACUGAUGUCUUGGCGUCGGAAACGCCGACUGCUGCAGAAUUGCGACUGUCCGGCCUCCAGCCAGGACAGCGAGUUCAGGUCCACGACAUCGUACGGCCCGGAAGAAAAGGCAAUGAAGGUCCCAUCCUCAGGAUACUGGACACCAAGAAAGUGAACAAGGAAGGCAGCGUCCUAUUGGACGUCACUCCUGCGGUGGAACGAUGGACCAGCGGUUCCAACCAUGGCCUUCUGGUGGAAGUAGAUGGCGCUCCGCAGAGGGUGAAGAGAGAUCUGCACACAAUGUUCCUCUACUCGGACGACGGAAGAUCCGGGCCACGAGGACUGGAGCAGCUGCUGUCGCGGAAGAAGCGAGCCGCAACCCAGGGGAAGAAGCACAGGAGGAAGGAUGGCAGAGAGAUCUGCAGACGACAUCCACUUUACGUGAACUUCAAGGCGGUCGGGUGGGACGACUGGAUAGUGGCGCCCCCUGGCUACGACGCCUAUUACUGCCACGGGGACUGCCCCUUCCCUCUGGCGGACCAUCUCAACUCCACCAACCACGCCAUAGUCCAGACCUUGGUCCAUUCGGUCAACCCCAACGCCGUGCCAAAGGCCUGUUGCGUGCCCACCCAACUCUCCUCCAUCUCCAUGCUCUACCUCGACGAGGGGAAGGUGGUUCUCAAGAACUACCAGGACAUGACGGUGGUGGGCUGUGGUUGCAGAUAGGACUGUGCACGUUGGCACCCAACUAUUGUGAUAUUGUUGAUGUAAAUUGUGUAAAUAUUGUACAUUGUACAUAGGAGUGAGGUAGGGAGCCCUGCCUGGUCUUACAAUCAUAGUAUUAUAGAAAUUUUAUCGGAACUAUUUAUUUGGGGCAUUUUUAUACCUUGAUUAAUAUUUUUCUGUUUAUUUUUUAUUUUUUUAUUUCUUUAGAUUUUAAUUUAAAAAUAAUACAACCCUUCAGUGGAGAUCUCGUGGACUUUUCGAGAAGCUUUUAGAUCCCCUCCCUCUUAUAGGCCUUCAUAAGCCAAAAACCAAUAUUCUACUAUUUACACAAUUACUGCAAUAUUUUCAUUUUAAUAAAUAAAAUGUACGUACAUAAGAUGCAAUGUGGUUCAUGUCGAUUUUUAUAUAAUUUUAUUACUUCCUUCCGGUUAUUUUUAUUUUAAAACAAUUAUUUAAUCUUGAAACUUGUGACUAAGGGAACAUUUCUUUUUAUUUUCAUGAAAAUUCGUCUCUUUAUGUCUGGACUUCAUUCUAGCAUUUAUUUAUUGUUAUACAAAUAAGAAAAAUAAUUAAAAUAAAUACUGGAUUAACAAUUUAAGUAUAUAGCUUUUCCAAACCAAAUUCAACUGUAGUUUUUCAGAAUUUUUCGAUAAAAUAAUAUAUUAUAUCUUAUAUUGAAACAUUUCGGUAAGUUAAACAAAAAAAGCGAAAAUUAAAUUAGAAAUGGAAAAAGUUGAAUUUGACUUAGAUAAAAAUAAAUUUGACUUGGAAAAAGUUGAAUAUGACUAGGAAUAUAUACAUAGUUUAACGGGGCGAAUACAAUUGUUGAGUUAAAUAUAUAUAUUCUUUUCCUGAGGUUCUUGAACUAUACUUUGGCAAAGUUUCAAUAUUUUAUUAUUCUCUUAUUCAUGGAGAGGAAGG